AUGCAGGCGCUCCAGGCCGCAAAGGAGAAGACCUCUGGACUCUUUGCCAGCAAGCCCAUUCUGUUCAAAAAUACUCAAUAUGAGAACUUCCACGUGGAGCAGAAGGGCUAUGAUCAGAUGUACGAUGGAGAAGACCUGGAAACACCACCGUCACCUGAUCGACCUCCACCACGAGCGAUAGAUAAGUACGUGCGCGCGGAAUGUCCCUGCUUGAGUGCACGUUACACCGUAGCUCUGUUGGCGUGUGUCGGCUUCAGCAUCAUGUUUGGUAUGCGGUGUAACAUGAGUAUGGCUAAGUUGAAGAUGACAGACGACUCCGGGAAUUCACCUGAAGAGACACCUUUUAACUGGACACUGAGUGUUGAAUCGUCCAUAGACUCUUCUUACUUUGCCGGAUAUCUUAUCACUCAAGUCCCAGGCGGUUAUCUAGCAUCAAUGUAUCCAGCCAACAGGAUUUUUGGUGUGGCUAUUGUAACGUCUGCUAUAUUCAAUAUGGCUAUUCCCGGCGCUAUGACAGUUGGUCCCGCUGCUGUCGUCAUCUUAAAAGUGGCACAGGGCUUUGUUGAGGGCGUAACUUACCCAUCAUGCCACGGUAUUUGGCGCAUGUGGGCCCCACCACUAGAGCGAUCCCGCUUAGCAACUCUGGCAUUCUGUGGCACAUACGCGGGUAUUGUAAUUGGCAUGCCAUUGUCUGGUCUGCUUACGGAUUAUAUCAGCUGGCAAGCGCCAUUCUACUUUUAUGGAAUUUUUGGAGUGAUUUGGUAUAUGUUAUGGCUAUGGUUGGUAUUUGAAAGACCCAGCAAGCACCCUACUAUUACGGCUAAAGAAUUGACCUACAUCGAACAAUCGCUUGGCACCGCUACACAAGCCGCAAUGCCAGGCUUCUGGGCAACGCCCUGGAAAGCUUUUGCCACUUCACCUCCAGUGUACGCUAUUAUUGUAGCAAAUUUCUGCAGAACAUGGAACUUUUGCCUCUUAGUAAUAUUUCAGUCUUCCUACUUUAAAACAAGAUUCAACAUGCAGAUCACAGAGUCUGGGUUUGUCGGCGCCAUUCCACAUUUAAUAAUGACGUCAUUGGUGCCUAUUGGCGGCAUGAUGGCAGACUACUUACGUAAAAAUAACAUCAUGACCACUACCAACGUGAGAAAACUCUUCAAUUGUGGAGGAUUCGGCUUAGAGGCGUUUUUUUUCGUUCUCGUUGCUUAUGCUAAUAACAAGUAUGUAGCAACAAUAGAGUUGACCCUGGGAGUAGCGUGCAGUGGUUUUGCUAUAUCAGGCUACAAUGUGAAUCAUCUGGACAUUGCACCGCGCUACGCGUCCAUUCUAAUGGGUUUGUCAAACGGCAUCGGUACAAUUGCUGGAUUUGUCGUCCCCAUUGUGAUCGACAACAUGACAGAAGGGAAGAACGAGAUGCAGAAGGCGAUAACUGAGUGGCGUGCAGUGUUUUUGAUGGGUGCUACGGUGCAUUUUAUUGGCAUCACAAUCUACGCCAUCUUCGCAUCGGGUGAGCUACAGCCGUGGGCCGAAACCGCAGUCGAAGAACCUCCAAUGAAAUCUUUGGAUCACGAAACCACCUUUACGGAGGCUCCGUUGGCACCGCUGCGAGGCUCGGAGCAGGCGGGCUACGGCGCCAUCGCACCGCCGCGCCCGGCCGUGCCGCCCGCCAUGGCCCAGGCGCACGUGCCCAACAACCCUUUCGUGUCGGGUGCGCUAUAUCAGGCCGAGCCGGUGCAACCGCCCACGCACCAGUAUAACGACGUGACGGAAGACUAUCCCGCGACCAACGACUACUACCAACAACAGUAG